AUGCUAGCAAUAAUUGCACUAAUAUUUGAUCCAUUGGGUUUAUUAUCACCUUGUGUCAUACGCAUGAAAAUGUUGUUACAACAUCUUUGGCUUAAAGGCUUAAAUUGGGAUGAUCAAUUAACAGCUAAGGUUGGCACUGAGUGGGCCAACCUGAUUAAAAAUUUACCAGCUAUUAAUAAUAUUCAUAUACCGCGUCGUGUCACUUGUGAUGCUUACCAACACUUCGAAAUUCACGUAUUUGUAGAUGCUUCGGAGAAAGCUUAUGGCGCUUGCUUGUAUAUUCGCAGUGUAAAUAGGCAAGGUGAUGUCAGCGUGCACUUAGCAAUGGCUAAAAGUCGCGUCACGCCGAUUAAACCGACGGCUAGAAGUCUAUUUACGGCCCGCGCUGCGCUAUCAUUCCGCCUCGAGCAAACAACUCUGUUUAUGGUGUCACACUCUAAAAGACGCUGCAACAGAAUUACUGGAUAUAACGUCAGUGAUUGGAUGAACCCUCUAUGUUUUAAUAUUGAGAUCGCGCGUAAAAGUGAAAUAAAACCUAAUUGGACAAAUGUCUGGACACUAGAUCAUUUAUGGGCUCUUUCAUUACACACAUUAACGAAGAGUAACUUGCGAGUAAUUGCUACGCUGCGGCGCUUCGAUAUACGAUUAAUUGCU